AUGCUGACGCUAAAUAUUUGGUUUUUUACUUUAGCCCUGUUUACAUUUCCGCUACUUUCGACAUCUCACUGGUGGUAAGUUCUUCUUGAAAACUUUAACGCUAAGAAGAUUAAACGAAAUCUUGUUACUAAUUCUCGAUUAGCGCGCGAAUUAGUUGGGUAGUGUUGACAAUUAUUCACCUCGUGAAUGAGAAACAGUUGCACUAACUGAUAUUUUUAUUUGUUGUAAAUUCUCACCAGGUUCAUGUCCCAAGUGUAUGCACUGGGAGCCAAAGUCAUGUGUAAUAACAUCGCCGGUUUGGUAACGUACCAAAGACAACUUUGUCAAGAAAACCCCGAUGUUAUGGUAAGCAUUGGAAAAGGGGCUAAACUCGGAGUCGUAGAGUGUCAGCAACAGUUUAAAGACCAGAGAUGGAAUUGUUCAACGGUGGCGCGAGACGUCAGCGUUUUUGGCAAAGUGAUGAGAAGAGGUAAAUCUUCGUCUGUGAAAAAAGUCCGUCUUUUACUGAACUUUUACGGGUUUAAGAUAAUUACGGAAAUUUUUUUGUUGAUCAUUAAUUCCAGAGUAAUUCGAUGGCAAUUAAUGAAUGAAAAAGUCAAACGAAAUAUUCUUCAAUUGAUCAAAACGGUGUGGUACUUAGACACAACACCAUUUCAAGAGCUCCUCAAAGUUCUUACACUAUAUCAGACAAUCUGUAAUCUCACCGCUCAGAGACAACCGCUGUGUAGAUGAUAACCCUUCUUCGUGUUUUUGCCGCAUCAGUGCCGAUUCACUAAAUAAGUGCCUGAUUUAUUUAUUUAUUUAUCUUUUUGAACAGCGAGUCGGGAAAGCGCGUUUGUCUACGCCGUUUCAUCAGCCGGUGUUGUACACGAAGUAACGCGCGCAUGUAGUCGAGGUGAAUUGAGCGAUUGUACCUGUGAUUCGAAUCGCAAAGGAAGAAGUCGGAAGGGCUUCGAAUGGGGAGGAUGCAGCGACAACGUCGCCUAUGGUCUGAGGUUUGCCAAGCUGUUUGUGGAUUCCCGAGAACAAGAGCGAGACGCACGCGCUAAGAUGAAUCUUCACAACAACUUUGUCGGAAGACGGGUCAGUAAACCUGCUAAUUUCUCUGCUUUUUUAUCAGCCUAUUACAACCAAAACCAAUAGCCUCAAAACAGUGCCUCAAAUUUAAUAGACUGUUAUAAAUGUUUUUGGGUGAUAAUCUUAACACAAGUUUUAAAAGCUCUGUUUAUUUGUGUUUUGGCCCGUUCCUUAGUUCAAUAUGAAUUCUUCAAAUUCAUUCAUUUCCCAAGUGUGUUAUGACGAACAAUACUCUGGGAUAAGAAUUUGCUUUCAAACGUAAUCUUGUGAUAAUCGUGGGUGUUUACGAGAAAAGGUACGGCCUCGUAAAAUUGUCCGUAUAUUUUUACAUUGACGCAAUCGAACACUUUUUUUAAAAUUUUAUCUUGAGUCAUACUUGUUUUUGGAAACUCAGUCAGAACUACUCAGCACUUUUCGCAGUUGUGUUUAGCCAUUACCUUGUCCAACAUUGGUUAACGCAGACCAUCCUUGAAUUUUGCUUGUUUGUACGCAAACAAUCAAAACAGAAAAAUUUGGUAGCUUAUCUCAAUCAUUUCGAUCGCAGGGCUAUUUUAGUAAUCCACGCAACACCGUCACUUCCUAAUAGAGUGUGUUUCCUUUUUACGGACGCAUGUUUAGUUCUGCUUGGGAGAGCAAAGUAACCCUUUUUUGAAAAUUAACGUUAUGAGCGCAGAAGGGAAAUCUAAAGUUCAACUAAAAGCAUGUGAAGUACUUUGGCAACGUGAUUGAAAGGAAUGUUUACAGCACGAAAACUUUCUAAGUUUGUUUGCUGAAAAUUUCGCUUGUGAUUUCGCUUCCGCGACGCGAAAAUUUCCAAAGUGUUAUACACAAUCUUCGAGCAUUAACAACGCCUUUUAGAUGGCUACAUGGUAUACAGUUGUAUGCAGUUGUAAUGUUAAGAUAAGACAAUAAGUUACUCUACAAAAGUGUAUCUUUGAAACUUACUCAUGAGUAUUCUUAGCUUUUAUUUAACGGGGGACUGAAAAACAAUUCGUUUAUACUCAAACCUUUUUCCGCAAUUUUGUGGAACGUUCCAAGUCAAACUUUCAAGUACCUUUGUCAAAUUCAAAUGCAAGAAUUUUAUGCUAAAAAUUUCUUUGUGGUCUAAUCGAUCAAAACAGGCGAAUAUCAGGGGAAAAAAAGUCACGAAUGCGCAUAUUUCUUUUAAGGUAAAUCACGAAACAUUUCUGAGGGCAGUUAAGGUAAUUAAAGGGCAAAGGGUCAUGAAUUGAAGUAUAGCAAACUCGUGGGAAAUUUCAUUCAAAGUACGCUCGCGAAGUGUCUCUUAAAUUUAUCUCAAUCGAUUAAAUACGUCGAUAAGCUUGGAUAUAGAUAUUUUCCUAAAGUAGGGCGAAGCCUAACUAUAGCAUGUAGUUGCGGUUAAGGUUUGCAAACUGUCUUUUUUUGUUUUCGCUUCCUGUGUUCUUGAUUAGAAAUCUUUGAGUGGAAUAAACCGCAAACAAUUUCCUUAAUAAUACUGGUAUUGAUACUGUUUGUAAUCAAAUGCCCUCACGUUUUCUGGAGGCGAUCAAUGGACUCUCUGUAUUGCUAUCAGUAUACAAUUUAUUUGUUUAUUUACUCUUGUGUUUGACCAGAAUAUUCGGACGGAAUGUCUUUCCAAUAUCGCCGACUUUCCGGAUUUCUUUCAUUUUCGGGAAUUUUUAAAAUGUUAGUAAAAAAAAAACAACGGAUUUUUCAAUCAAUGUGAUCAUACUUUCGGAGGGAGAGCAAACAUAAUUUUUCAUCAGGGGAAGACUACUUCAGCGUCUCAUUCACAUUAAGGAUCAUCAUAUCAUGAAGAGAUCACGUGUACAAUAGCAACCCGCACCCUUCGCCCCUUUUUUUUAAACUCUCUUAUGACUGUUUCCACUAAAAGUUUGCUAUUUCUUGUUCAUAAGCCAGCUAGAGGAUAUUUUCUUUUAACCCUUUAAACGCUAACAUCAGUAUGCACAUUCUCCAUACUGUUCUCUAUACAUUUUUUAAGAACUGACAGGGAGAAUUUGUUAAACAGUCAAGAGUUUCUUUAGUUGUUGAUCGUUUCCUUUAUUCUCAUGACCUUAAUGUUUGAUUCAGGGUUGAUAUUGUAAGGAGAAGUUAGAUGUUAGUCACCCUCAGGGGUCAUGGGGUAAAAUGAUGAAUAUUACAAAUUGAAAAUGCGUCAAGUCUUGAUAUUUCCUUUGUUUUGCACCCUGAUAGUGUAUUCUCGUGAUUAGUGAUAUAUCAUCGUGUCUGCCCUUCGUGAUUGCGGUGCACAAUUCAAGUUAUUUAAUGGCUCAUUAUCGAGAAACAUUUUUUGUUUUGGCAACUGAAACAUUUAGAAAAUAUUGAUAACUUGUUUCUUUAAUGGAUCGUUAUGAUAUUGUAGAUACGAUAUCGUGGAAGUCAAAAUUAGUCUGAUAAUGUAAUCCAAAUUUUUGUGAAGGUAAUAUUUUGAAGAAUUCAGUCUGAGGUUAUUGCACGUCUGGUCAAAUAAAGCUCAUAAGAGUGGCCCGUAGCUACUCUUUCUACAGUAAUACUGUUGAAUCAUUCAUUGAGAUCAAGAGAAUAAACGAAGUGGUCGCCAAACCUACUAAGAUAGAAGUGUUAAACGAAUUCUCCUUGUCAGGAUUAAGAGAAAUGUCUGGAGAGGAGUAUAAAUAGUGUAGAAUACUGAUGUUACGGUGUCGAGUCAGUAAAGGGACAACCGUUUUGGAAAGCUUGGUAUAAAUGACAAUGAAACUUUGUUUACUCGUUAACCUUUUUUGGGGUCAAAAUGAGAUUUUUUCCUGCAAAUAUGGAUUAUCAAAAAAAAUAUUUCCCUAGUUCUUUACCGAGUUCAAAACUUACCAUCUCUCUUAUUUCUAUCUACAAACAUUACGCUAUCGACAAUGCUGAUCCUAACAGUAUGCAGGACGCGUGUCAUAUAAACUUCGUAAUAGACCUCGCUCACCUUGGAGUCUCUGUGGCUCAGUGGUUAGAGCAUUGGGGAUGGAAUUGGAAGGUCUGAGGUUCGAUUCCUCAUGGAAUAAACCCUAAGCAAUUUUUCCUUUGUCCUAUGCUCGUGACAAGACGAAAAAAAACAUCUCUCUCUAUGGAUCAUCAUGUUUUCGAAGACGCUCGGAAAAAGUCUAGAGCGAAUUGAUAACUACCGAAAACGUCUCGAAGAGUUCUUCCAAUUUUAAUUGUUGUUAAAAAUAGGAAAUACUGCAAGGUACGUUUCAUAGGAAAAAAAGUUUUGAUUUUUGUCCUUUGCAUUAAGAGGUGUAAAUCUCUCUUUCAGGCCGUUAAAAUGCACACCAUUCUGGAUUGCAAAUGUCAUGGAGUAUCAGGCUCAUGUCAAGUGAAAACUUGCUGGAAAACUAUGGCGCCUUUCAGUGUGGUGGGAAGUUAUCUUAGAGACAGAUACCAGAAAGGCAUCUUGGUUACAGUUGAUCAAAGCGGAAAUGAACUGGUUGUGGCAGAAGGUACUUAUCCUGCUACGCCUUCACGUGAUAACCUCGUGUUCUUGGAGGAGUCCCCGGAUUAUUGUGUCCCAAACUCCAACACGGGCUCGCUGGGCACCACGGGAAGAGUGUGCAACAAGACCUCGCCGGGUCAUGGGAGCUGUGGGGUUCUGUGCUGCGGGCGCGGGUUCAACACGAUUCAAGUAGAGGAGGAGUACAAAUGCGCUUGCAAGUUUCACUGGUGUUGUUACGUGAAGUGCAAUAUUUGUCGGAGAACUGUUGACAAGCAUGUGUGUAAAUCGCCCGAGGAAGAUUCUUCUCAGCACCACAGCUCCGGUCGCCAAGUGUCGGCGCUGGCAAAUUCAGAGAGCAGAGAUCAAAAUAGGCCAAAUAAUCAGUCCAGGAAAAGAGCUCAAAGAAGAAAGGCCAGGAAGAACAAGAAAAGAGGGGCAUCAAUCAACAGCCUCGACAGCGACCACAGAGAUAACAAAAGCUUAUGAUAAUUGCUUCCAGCCUCCGCAGACAGAUGGCGCAGACAAUAUGAAAUAAUUUGAGUACAAACUAUCGGUCAGUAUUCGUCAAGUUCAUGCACGAUUAUGCUCUGCCACGAUAAACCCCAAAUAAGUUUUUCCUUUGUGGAAUCACCGAAGAGUAAGGUAACAAUACUAAACAUUCUUAAUUACAAAAUCAAAGCUCGAAAUCAAAUUGCCACUAAAAACUAAAUGAAAAUAAAUUUAUUUUAAAGAAUGAAAAAAUCCAGAUUGGACCAAUUAGUAUUCCUUAUGUUAUAAGGAGUUGUAUAUAUAUUAUAUACAGUGUGUUCUCGUAAGUACAAGAUGACAUCCAAACCACGAUUCUUAGUUUGCAAAUCACUCGCUAUAAUAUUAGAAAGAUUCGUCAAUUAUAUUGACUCAACUUUGAAAGAGUACCUGAUUGUUAGAAAAACAUAAAAUCUCGCGACGACUGCCACCACAACAACUGCCAGACACUGGUUCUCAUGCGUCAGUUUCUCACCCUCGCUGUUGGUCACUUGUAUUGACAUAUAGUUCUAAUUAGCUAAUUGUUAUAUCUCGUGAUUUGAUUGGUUGGUGUAAUUGCUUACGUAGGACAUUCAAUUGAAUCUCUCUAAUAGAAAAUAAAAUUGUGUUGAGACUUGACUUGAAAGCCUUAAGACAUCUAAGACCAGUGUGGCUUUGAAAAAAAAUCCUUUAAGUAAAAAAGAAGCAGGAAAAAUAGAGCACACGCACAAACUACAUUACUUUGGACGGAAAAUGCUCGAUAGCGAUUUUCAUUCGAAUUUUGGAAAUCGGGAUCACAAUAAUAUAGGGAGAGUACGAGAUUAAUUUUAGCGAUGUAAAUCAGCUGUUAUUUCUUUUGAUUUUUUUGGUUAAUUAUUAUAAUAAUUAUUAAUGUUAAUAUAUAUAUUCAGACAAAGAGCUAGUACUUGUUAGUUCGCUUUUGCACAAGUGCUUUCAAGUACAACAGUAGUUAUGUUAAGAAUGGUACUGCCAAUAAAGUUUAUGACUUCUAUAUACGUUUGAAACGUGUUGUAUGACUAGUUAUAUUCAUUUUGAAAUCACUGGUGAUCCCUGUAAUCUGAUUGGCUCUCAUUGGUGCGAGUUAUUCACGAAUCGCACAAUUUCGGAGGGUUAGAGCAUUUGUUUUGGGGGAUGAACAGAGAGGGAUCCUAUAGACACCACGCUCCUUGAACACUCGCCUCGCAUAACGGCCGGGUUCCUCGGGCCAAGUUGGAAGAAAACAUUAGAGUGGCAUUUAAUAAUGGAGAAAGCACUCCGCUUUUCAAAGUAUUGUGGGCUCAAUCAAGCCUUCAAGGACAUUUAGUGUUUAUUCUUUGGGACCGAACGUUGAUUAUUUUCAAGAUUCGGUGAUGAGGUUUGAUCAGGUAAAUAUUCGAACUCGAAACACGACUUAGAAAGGCGGCCUGGUGAAUAUAUUUGCGUAAUGACCAAGAGACACAAACUCAGCUCGUAAGUGUAAGCAUUUUCUAUUUAAACCAUCACCAAAUCUCGACAGGAGGUGCUCAAAAAGGGCGUUAAUGCGUAAAUUAAACAGCUGGUAGUGAUGUGCAAAAAACCUUUGGGAGAUAUUUUUACUACAUUGUGAGUGAAAUCAAAAUAUUGUGAAACAGUCAGGCUAGCUGUUAUCACACAGAACACUUUCUUACCAUUGUAUUCAGUUAUAAGAAAUAAAUAUUUCGUAGACGACAGGAUCAAAGGUGUUGAAAGAAAGCUAACCAACCUUAUUAAGUAAUUUCAUUAAGUUGAUGUGAACAUGUUGGCGUGCCAACAGGAGGAAAAGAAUUGUAGAAUGCGCCAAGCUUAGCAGAAGGCAACACAGAGUUUUUACUUGUCCUUUAUUUAAUUUUUUAUUCUCUGUAUCUUCUCAUCACCCAACCACUCAGUGCUACAGUUCUGAUCGAAUAAACAACAAUAUACUCAAUUCUUUUGAUGAAACAUCUGAUCUUUUUCUGUCAACCAAAGUGAUUUGAGAGAGAGAGAAAAGAGAAGAUGAACAAGUUAUUCAUCGGGUUGAGGUAGCGACCGACGUCUUUGCUUAAAAAUACUGCCCAGCUGGAAAAACGAGAUAUAAUGACGAAAAUUGGCCAUGAAGGUAGGAAUGUACCAUGGGAAGAGAUAGGAAAAUACGGACCGCGCUAAGAACCAAUCUGAUUGCAGGGUUCGUUACCGUGCUCUCUGAGAAAAAAUAUUAACUUUUUGUCAACCAAGCGCGAGGGCGUACUAGGGAAUUCUGGCUUGAGGACCGGGGAUGUGGCACGAGCAAGCAAGGUUAUUGAUUGGAUUAUAAUAUAGGACUCCUAACAAACUCACCGGAAACACGGCUUACGACUGUUUCCGUGGAAGUGGUCGUAUGGUAGGAUUCCGACUGAGUAAGAACCAAUCAGAACGUUCGCCUUUACCUCAAGCCAACCUUGCCAUAUGAUAGUUGCUGUUUGUUGGAAACUGUACGAUACGUUAAUUAUUCUCAAUUUGAUCGACAUUUAUGAGGGAUUUCGUUUAUUUAUACAUAACUGAGCAAACCUGUAUGCAGCACGUGUUUGUCGUCCCAUAUAUGGCGCUGUUCCACGUGCUUACUACGGGACGGUGAGUAUUUUUCCUUCUAAUAAGCCGAGAAUUGCGAGUGGGAGUCAAUCGAAGCGUAAUAGCAAAAUUGUUGAAUCAAGCGAAUAAAUGGUGAGUUUAUAAGGAAGCGUGGUACAACUUUUUCACGUUUUCGACAUGUUAAGACAAUAUUGUUGAGAAAUAAGACGACCAGCUGAUGCUUUUUUUCAAUAUUUAUUUGGUUUAAAUGAGUUGAUACCACCGCUCUUUAACCCAGACAAAAUUAUUCUCCAAAUAUUCGAUAUAUCGCAGGUACUUUAGACCGCUUUUUUGCCAUAAACGACAAUUUUUGUAUCUGCUUCGAAGCUAUCUUUCGUAAAUGAAAGAUUCGUCAACUGAUUUGAAUGCACCUUUGACAAAUUAAUUAAACCUGUAAAUGGAAUUUCGAGAACUAUUCUUUCAGCUUCAAAUGUUACGGAUUGAUAGCUUCAUUAGGUAAAUCGUUCUUGUUAUAAUUAAUGUUCUAUUUUCAUCUUACAGUCUGAAAUAAAAUCUCUCAACAUUAUCGAGGCGCGAAAAAUAAAUGGCGGCGUAUUAAAGAGACAGAAAAAGAUCGGCUUACAAAACAGGAAAAUCUCAAUUAAACCGCUGAUCAAAGACAGGAAGCGAUGGAUAGCUUGCAUUUUUAGGCAAAGGCGGGUAGCGUGCUCCCCCUCUAGCGCGCGAUUAACCAUUUGCACUUGCCUCGCGAUUGCCUAGAGGAGCUUCUGAAAUAUGCAAAGAAUGACAUGCCUGUUCUGCAAACUAGCAUUUGCAAACCCUCGUUUCCGCCCUUCAUGCCACUGGGUAUAAUGGGCAUUGAGUCAGUGUCUUCUAGAAGCCGUAGGUUAUGCCUGAACGAAUUGACGUGACACAUAUAUUAUGGUCGUUAUAGUGGCGACUGUUAUUUUUGAUGUUCAAUUAAUUGACCACACGCAGAGUCCGACACAUUUUUUUUCGUUUCUCGCAGGAAGGCUCGAGAUACAUUGAAGAUGACAUCAUUACCUAGGGCUUGUCUUUUCACUUUUGCUCUUCUUUCAGUUCCAGUUCUUACGACAUCUCAUUGGUGGUGGGUUUUCUUUUAGAACAACCGUCUAGUCGGCAAGAAGUUGAAAUGAAUCGGAUUGUUUUGCACUUAAGUGCAAACGGCAAUGAAGUCAUUCAACUGUUUCACUGUUCAGAUCAGAUAACGUACCGCCGAGGCCGCGAACUAACGCGUUUGUUUGCUUUUUAUAGGUUUAUGUCUCGAGUGUUCUCUUUGGGCGCGAAAAUCAUGUGUAAUCUAGACAUGUCAGGCUCGUAUUUGCUCAGUUAUCAUCAGAAGCUAUGCCGCGAGAAUCCUGAUGUGAUAAUUAACAUCGGGAAAGGUGCAAAGCUUGGUAUAGAAGAAUGCCAGGAACAGAUGGAGAACGAAAGAUGGAAUUGUUCUACUGUAGAACAGGACAUCAGCGUUUUCGGAAAGGUCAUGCAAAAAGGUUAGUGAACUAAUUUCUUGAAACGGUUUAUGUGUGUUCAUUUAAUUGGUCUUAACGAGGAUAGUGGUAUUAACAGUAUAGAAUAGUAGUGUUAACGACUUAAGUGCAAUGUACUUUAAAAUCAAACACGAUUAUCACGAUAGAGUGUCAAGAUCUUUCUGUUGUUUGCUGGCAUCUCAAUGUAAACAGAUCACGGGCUUCCUCCUAUAGGGGAAACCUUACAUAUAGUUCCUUAAAUCGCUUAGAAUUACAUCCAGUCUCAAUUGAUAAAAGUAUUUUCUUGUUUAUCUGACAUCGACCGACAAUAUCGAAAAUUAAUUCCCACUUUUAAUGGCAGUUUAUCAUUGCUCUUGACAGCAAGUCGAGAGAAAGCUUUUGUCCACGCGAUAACUUCAGCCGCAGUUGUGCAUCAAGUAACUCGAGCAUGUCGUCACGGCGAACUGAGAAAUUGUUCUUGCGAGAAGAAAACUGACGGUAGAAGUAACGAGGAAUUCAAUUGGGGAGGAUGCAGUGACAACAUUGCUUACGGUCUAAGGACUGCAAAGCUGUUUGUGGACUCUUUCGAAAAAGAGACAGAUGCGAAGGCAAUGAUGAAUUUGCACAACAAUUUGGUCGGGCGAAGGGUAAGUUAAGCUGUUCAAGUGUGCUGUUUUUAAAUAGUUUCCCUUAAAAUUCAUAGCUUCACCAGGUUUCAUCCUUAGCUUUAUUCUGACUUCAUUGGUGUUUAUAUUUUGAUAUGAACGUUUCCUGUUGUUAAUGAAGUGUUCAAGUGCUGCGCUGGCGGUAACUUUAAGAAAACGCAACUGACCAGGUCAUGAUUAGUGUAGUCUUGCAUUUGAUUGGUUGAGAUUUAACGUCUUUAACGUCAGUUUAUUGUCCAGUGUAGACAAUCGUUUGGUUUCCGCAUUCAGCUGAUUAGCGACCGCGAAGUUUUGAGUCGAAUUUCAAAGAAAACCGUUAGAGACCAGUCACUUGAUUUAUCGCCUGGGGAGCGGGGAAAGUCCGAUGAUUUUAGUAGUGUAAUGAUAAAAUUUACCUUAUCCCCCUCUAAGGCUCUUUGUUAAUUAAUUUUAUGAUUCCCCCUGACUGGUAGUUAAUUGGCAGUCAAUUCUACAGUCCCCCCCUUUGUACUCUGUUGACAACGACUGAUCCUCACCCCGUUCCCCCUGAAAUCGUGUAAUCUUACCCCAAAAUCCUUCACCCCCUCCUCUCUUCCGGAAAUAAAUAAUGACUGGUCCGCAAAUCCUUAUUUGUAUGGACUUUUGAUAUUAAUCUUGUUUCUUACAGGCUGUAAAACGCCACAUGGUAAUAAAGUGCAAAUGUCACGGCAUUUCCGACUCCUGUGAAUACAGGACAUGCUGGAGAACGAUGGCUCCGUUUAGCGUGGUGGGCAACUUUCUCAAACGAAAACAUCAAAAAGCGUUUAUGGUAACUGUUAAUCAAAAGAGCAACGAACUCCUAUCGGCAAGAGAUGACUUUCAACUAAAACCAUCACGAGACGAUCUCGUGUUUUUGGAGAAGUUCCCGGAUUAUUGUGUUCGCAACCCAGGCACCGGCUCACUUGGCACCACGGGAAGAAUUUGUAACCAGAACGUGCCAGAGGAUUAUGGGAGCUGUGAUGUUCUGUGUUGCGGGCGUGGGUACAACACGAUUCAAGUCGUAGAGGAAUACAAAUGCGAUUGUACAGUUCAGUGGUGUUGCCAAGUUAACUGCAAAACUUGCAGAAGAAUCGUUGACAUGCACUUGUGUAAACCACCUGAACAAACGAACUUUGAGAAAAACAUCUCGCACAAUUAGCUUCCUAUAAGGAAAGACUGAUGCAAUAAUGUACCUUAACACUAAGGUGUUUAAAUUAAGCUGAGUCAAACCAAAACGCCAUAGUUCAAUUUUGCAACGCUAUAAAACUUGUUUAGACAGAAGAAAACUUUCAGUAGAAUGAGAAAACGAAAAAACUUAAUUGAAAGUGGCCGCAUAUGAAAGGAAACAAACAUAUUUAUCGAUGUAGAACAUUUCAAAGUGAAUUUCGACCGUGUGUUGUCAAACCAAAACCAAGUUAUUCAAAAGGGCCAAUCAGAACAAAGGAAAACAUCUCAAGAAGCCAAUGAAAACUAAAGGUAAAAACAAGGAACCUCCUGAAGCGCGGGAAAACGCCGCGACUGGUUUAAGCUUUGAAUCUGAUCAGUGUCUGAUUGGUUUAGAAAUAAGCGCGAGUUUCUGGACCGGUAACAAAGCAAAAACAGCAAAAUCGAAGCAAUCCCGGAUUAUUUUUAAUACUCAAAUGAAAAUUGAUCUGAGCGGGAAUUUCAAAUAACAAAGUCAAGUAUACGUUCGUUUAAGAAACCAUAAAGUCAUACUCUGUAAAUAAAAUCAUUUGUUGCUCUUUCUGAGUUUACUACUUAAAAGGCUCUUAAAUCAAAACAACAGGUCCUUCACUUCGCUCUGUUAUUUGAAUAGCGAAGAACUGAAAGUGAAUAAAAUUUAAAGAUUGAGUACACCAUUUGUCUGUGUUUGUCUGGAAUCAUUUUGCCAUGUCCGUUCGGCCAUUAUCUUCAGAGGCUCUCAAGUUUGUUUGAAAAAUGAGCGAGAAGUAGACACGGAAAGCAUACGUUUUGCUCUGUCACGCCUAUCGUGAUCAAGUUCAAGGUAAUGGAGCUUUUUAAUUUAUUGGGAGACAGUGAUGCCAAGGCAAUUAGUGUCAGAUUUUGAGUUAUUGCUGAUUUCACUAGGAAUGGCAGCAUCAACAAUUAUCAUAAUUCAUCUUGAAUGUCGUAAUCAUUUAACCUUUUUGUGUAACCUUCUUUGAUGGAAUUCUAAAGGUAGACGACAGCACGUAAUGAAAACAAAAUAUACAAGCUUCUAGAACGGCAAUUAUUUUGUUGACAAAUUUAACUGAGCAGAAGCUCAUGGCAUGCGGGCAAAGAAAUUACAUUUUUGAGAAAUUCUGUGGUUAAGGAUUUCGCCAAACGUCGCAGCUAUUUUAAGUCUUAUAAUAAUUAAGCAUAAUUUGUAAGUUUACAGUUUGAUCGGAAAUACCAUUUUUAAUAGCUUUAUCUAAGGACCAAACAUAGCGUGAGAGGUCGUCUACAGAGACAAAGAAACAUUAGCAACCGUAGUUGUGACCAUGACAGCAUGAUAUUGGAUAUUCGGAGACGUCAAAGAAAUUCUAAAAAUUCAAAGCCCUUGAAUUUAAAAAACAAUUCACUCAAAUGGAAUUCAGUUUUGUUACUGAUUAUUUAGCCCCUAAGAAAAUAAGGCAACGCUCAUUUCAGUUUAUGUUCGCUUUUUGCUGGGUGAAUGCAACACCUUAAGCGACAAUGGACGCAAUUCGGUUAGAAGUGCAAGUUUGCUCAAGGACGAACAAUUUCAGAAUCGUUCAGUCGCUUAAAACAAUGUCCUCUGGUCACUUCUUAUCACUCAGAUCAUUUCUAUCAUUUUUCUACAACCACUUAAGAACACUUAAGAUUUAAGUGUUACCAGCUGGUUUGAAUGAAACUGUGUUGCUGAGGAAAGAAAGAAGCCGAGAAAUGGAAAGUUUUAAACUACCUCGUACAUAACAAAAACCAUUGUUGUCUGCUCAGUAAAAAUAGCCUUUUAAAAAACACCACUAACAAUCAAUCGCACAAUCGAUUUUAAGGCGGCUUCCAUAGUUAAGGACAUAAACACACCACUUAAGAAAAAAACAAGAGAGUGUCAUCUUUUUAAAAAAGAGAUGACAAAUCGCACUUUCAAGGAAUGUCUCGGUACUUAGUCCUAAUGUAGAAUCGAUAUCACUAUCCUAAAAGCUAUUACAACUAUUAACAUUUUCUGAGAAAUAAAAUCAUCACAGUACCAUUUCCAAAUCCAACUCGCCCGCUAAAAUAAAAGUUUAAGAGGUGGUGCGUCCGAGAACACUUCGCGAGGGAGUUUUCGUUGAUAUGCCUCAGCGGUUUGACACUGUUGACGAAUGUUGCUUCUAAAUUUAGCGACAUUUAUUCGCAUAGAUUGCAGCGUUGAACCAUUCAGAGCAGAAGUGUGAGGUGGGCAAACGAACAGAAAUAAAGCAAAGGAGAGCCAAAUAUGAAGAGAAUCUUGACGAUUGUGGUUUUCAAUCUUCUCCUGGGUUUAUUCCCGAUGAGAACAGCUUCACGUUGGUGGUAGAAGAUUUUUUUUUCAUUGACUUUCUCCUGUACAGAUUGAGAUUCCCGGACAUAAACACAAAAUAUCAGCUUCAACAAGUUAGUAGUUGUGGUAAAAACACAGAUCUUCAGAUUGUUUAAUUGCUUGUUCUUUCAAUAAAGGUCCAUUUCGCAAGUGUUCCAGCUUGGUUCCAAGGCCAUCUGUAACCAUGCAGCUGGUCUUCCUAACUUCGAACUGUGCCGGAAGAACCCUAAUGUUUUGAUAAGCAUUGGGAAAGGCGCCAAGCUAGGAAUUGAAGAAUGCCAACAGCAGAUGAAGAACGAGAGGUGGAAUUGCUCCACGGUACCUCGGGAUUUCAGUGUGUUUGGGAAAGUCUUGAAGAUAGGUACGUAUAUUAAAUAAACACAUUCGCGAUUGGUUUGAGAGAGAGUUGGUACAUGGGAGAGUCAAUAAAAUUUUUGCAUGUGAUGGAGAAGCAGAGAGUCAUCGAACAUGAAACGUUUUGAGUUGAACAGUUAAAAUUGUUGUCAGUAAACGUUUUGCAAACCAAGGCAAAAUUCAAUCCAUGUAAUUCAAGAGCUCAUUUGCUGGAAAUCAUAGAGCAAAUAGUUUUGUUUUGUGAUCUCUGAUUAUGACAUAGUUUCAAACAAGACCAUCGACGGCUGACGAAAUUUUUCGGCUUAAAAAACUGUUAUGUUAUCGGCAUUUGUAUACUAUUGCACGUUCGCUAUUGAUACUAAAUUCCUCUGCGCAUGGUGUCUGCUCGCUGUAGAGUCAUCAUCAACUUUGGCUUGUAUGAAAAUCAAACACAAAUUUUAACUCAGCGGACAACGGAAGAGGAAAAUAUCGACAAAAAACGUGUUCUUUACUUUAGGAUUAGAAAGUUGCUAAGCUUCGAAGGACCUUUUCGCUUAGACUCUUUUCUUUCAAAAAUCCUUAACCGAAACAUAGAUAAAUAAAAAAAUUGAUAAAAUAAGUGACAAUUUUGGCAAAGAUUCUCUGAUCAAUUUCUGCCAACAGGCCCUUAAAAGACAGCUUUUCUCUCUCCGUAAUGAUGUAAAAGUUCCUCUUUAUGAUAUUUUUUUCUUCCUUUAUGCAGCAAGCCGUGAAACUGCCUUCGUGUAUGCGGUUACCUCGGCUGGAGUUGUACACGCGGUAGCUCAAGGCUGCAUCCGCGGUGACCUGAAAAACUGCUUUUGCAACCAAACAGAACUAAGAGGAAAACGAGAAGAUUUUGUGUGGUCUGGAUGUUACGAUCACAUCGCUCAUGGUAUUGAAGUUGCCAAGUCUUUUGCGGAUUCUGAUGAACAGCAAAACGAUGCUCGGGCAAAAAUGAAUCUUCACAACAAUAUGGUCGGAAGAACGGUGAGUCCUGAAAUAAUAAAUAAACAAACGCCCAAGUGUUUUCAAGCCUUUUUCUAUUUUCUCACAAAUUGAUGUUGUAAAGGAUUGAUGGAAAUAUAUGUUUUCAUACUUCAUGCACUAUCCUCGCGUCCGACAGAGGUUUUCAGCCCUCGGUAAACUAAACCGCGCCGUCCAAUUAUCAGUUGUGGCUUGCACGGAGCAUAAUCCCUAGUAAGUGGGCAGUAUGUCUCUUUCUUCGAGAACUGAGCGCUUCUCACGUGGGUAACAGGCUUCUAUGAGUAAAUUCUGAGUUUUAAGAUUAGCUUUCCCACCAGAAGAAAAAAAACUAACAGAGUGCGAUCUGGUGAACAAGUUAAAACAUUGACCACAGUUUUCUAUAAUCUGUAACCUUAUUGAUCGUAGAAAUGACGUCAACAAUGUCCAAAACUAAAGUAACUGAACCAAUUGCACUUUGGUCACAUGUGUUUUCCCGCGCAUCAGACAGUUAGCUGUUUUCUUUUUGCUUUGAAUCCUCAUUGGCUUUUUGGGAUAUCUCUUUUGUACUGACCCUAGCAUAAUUGUGAUUAUUCUGGUUUUAGUUUUAAGACGCUUAAUCGAAAGGCACUCCUUUCUUUUUUUAGCUCAGAGUUGAUUUUCUAUCCCAGCAAACUAUAAUUUCGACAUUUCAUUUUACUCUAAAACGGUAAUUCUCCGUGAUGCAAACAAUCUCUCAUUAACAUGAAUAGGUUGUUAAAAACUGAAAAAUUUUCUUCUUCCUCUUAAGUAGAUGGAUUUUUUAAGAAUCGUAAUACAGUCGAACUAAGUGGUACGGUAAUAAGUGAUCACCCUGUAUAUAGCGGUCGGUUGUCAAAGUUUCGAAAAUUUUUCCCUUUAAUCACUGUUAUUUUUACCUCUAUUAAGCAGCCGUGGUCUCCCUUCACUGAGUCCCAACAGCCUGUUUGUUUUGUCUUCCACCUGUAUUGAAUGGUCAGUUAACGCGGAACUGAUCAAAUAAAACUAGGAUCCACGUAAAAUUUAGUCCUCAUUUAUCUCUCGAUUUAAUAUUGGUAGUAUUAGUAAACAAGUUUUUGUACAUUGAGUGGUUAAUUUUUAGCAUAAAUUGGCGUUUUUUAUCUUUUCUUUAUAAUACUCUAUUCUGUGGAAUUUGUUUUAAGACAUUCCAAGACCGUUACAGGUUUGACUGUACAAUUUUUGCAGGUCGUAAAAAAUCGCACAGUCGUGAACUGUUUGUGCCAUGGUCCUUCUGUAUCAUGUGUCAUGCAGACCUGCUACAGAAGUUUGGCUCCUUUCAGCGCCGUGAGUCGCCAUCUUCGCGGAAAAUAUGACAAUGGCGUUCUUGUGAUUGUUGAUCAGAAGGGGGAGAAAUUCGUGGUGGCUAAUGAGACUAAGGACAAGUCUUGGCGUGACAGCCUCGUGUUCUUUCAGAAGUCUCCGGAUUACUGCGUCCCAAACCCCGACUUAGGCUGGCCAGGAACCACGGGAAGGGUGUGUUACAACGGGAACACGACCACAGCCGCGGGUAACGGGACAUGUGAGACAUUGUGCUGUGGGCGCGGGUUCAACACGAUCCAUGUCAAGGAGGAUUACAAGUGCAAUUGCAAUUUUGUCUGGUGUUGUGAUGUGAAGUGCAGCACGUGUAAAGGAACUGUUGAAAAAAACGUCUGUAAAUCGCCCGAGGAGUAUAUUUCUAAAGGAAACAGUAAGAUCGAGAAAGACGCAGAAACGGCGGGUAAACAAUCGCGAAAAAGGAAGAACAAGAAACAAAGUGUUUUACCUCGCUCUGACAACAACAAUCGAGAAGUGAAGAAGAUCAAAGGUUAA